AUGCCUCUGUACAACGUUACCCUGAAGAAGGACUCCCCUCCUGAGGAGCUCGAGAAGGCCAAGUCCGCUGCUCAGGAUAAAGGUGGAAUCAUCAAGCACGAAUACACCCUCAUCAAGGGCUUCACUGUUGAAUACCCCGACGACCUCGUCGAUACUUUCAAAUCGAGCCCACACAUUCAUGUCGAAGAGGACGCGGAGGUCAAGACUCAGUGA